UGAUACUCAUAAUUAAUUUCUCAAAUGUAAUUGCUAAAGAAAAUUCGACUAAUACUACGAAAAUACUGUUAACGAAAUAAUGAAAGUUAAGGAUAAUGAAACAAGUUUACAAAUUAAAGUUGUUGACGGUGACAGUGACUUCAAAGUUUCAGGAUGGGGUUACAGGCAUCAACAAUGUUUAAUUUUAUUCUUCUGUUUAACAACUGCAUACAGUAUGAGAGCGUGUAUGGGCGUGGCUCUGGUGGCCAUGGUGAAUCCAAAUAUAAAUACAGAGUCACUUGCAACAAAUCAUUCGUUAUUAGAAAUGAAUAGGAAUGAAAGUAGCUUAAGUCCUCUAGAUAAAAAUUAUCCUUCAAUGGAAGAAGUUAAAGCUGGUGGAUUUCUUCAUUCACUUCUCUUGAUACCGCCUUAUCCUAAAUUUGAUUGGAGUAAAAAGACACAGGACUACAUACUAUCUUCCUUCUUUUUGGGUUACAUGCUGCUCCAAAUUCCUGCUGGACAGUUAGCUCAUUUUUUUGGAGCUAGAUAUUUACUUACUGGCGCUCUCUUAAUUAACUGUGUAAUGUCUUUCUGUUUACCUUGGGCUUCAUUUUACGGCGGAUGGAUAUUGACAUCAAUAUUCAGAAUAAUUCAAGGCUUGAGUCAAGCUUGUGUUAUACCAGGAAUGCAUACGAUGUUCGGAAAAUGGACUACAUUAGAAGAAAGAGGGCGACUAGCUGGAUUAGCGUAUGGAGGUCAGGCUCUCGGUACUGUAUUAGGACUACCGAUAACAGGCUUCAUUGCUUCAUCGCCAUUGGGCUGGCCAGGAAUCUUUCGGUUCUAUGGAAUCCUCUCAGGAAUAUUUGGUGGUGUAAUCUGGGCCCUAGGCGCUAACAGCCCUGCGGAACACCCUAAAAUAUCUAUGGCUGAACGGAAAUAUAUUGAAGAGAGCAUAGGGCAUACUGGAAUGAAUAAAAAGAAACUUAAAGUACCGUGGGGUUCUAUUCUUCGAUCUCGAGGAUUGUAUGCGAUAGUAAUUGCACACGUGGGUCAAACCUGGGGUCAACUUACACUGUAUUCCGAAGUUCCAGCCUAUAUGGAUAAAGUUAUGGGAGUAAACAUAAAAGCUAAUGGUGUCUUGACAGCUCUUCCAUUCCUCGUGAUGUGGUUUUCAAAUUUCUUCUUCAGUUGGUUUACUGACAUGCUCAUUGUGAAGAAGAUUCUUAGCGUUAGGAACACUAGAAAAUUAGCCAAUACAUUAGGAAGCAUUCCGGCUGCGAUAGGACUUAUUGCUUUGGCAUAUGCUCCUAAGAACAUUUACGUGGUGGAAAUUAUAUUAAUAGUUAUCUGUGCUUUUAAAAUUUCAUGUCACGUCGGUUUCCAAAUCAAUCAUAUCGAUAUAUCAAGUAAUUUUUCUGGAACUAUGAUGAGCAUCAGUAACUUCGUGUCCAAUUCAUUCGGUGCCCUAGCACCCGUUGUGGCUGGUUUUAUCCUAACAGACGUGACUAACGCAAUCCUGUGGCGAAAAGUAUUCUUCGUAUCAGCUGGUCUAUACUUCUUUACUAAUCUAAUGUAUGUGAUCCUUUGUACUGCUGAGAAGGCUGAAUGGGAUAAUCCUCCAGAAGACGAUAAAGAUGUUGAAGACUUGAAAGAAAUGGAACCCAUGGUUAGCGAAAAGAAUACUAAUGUUACAAACGGGCAAAAAAUAUAAAUAAAAUUGAA